AUGGCCUCAGAACAAAGCUUCUCCUAUGGUGGUUUCAGAGUUUCAGACCUAGACGUACUAACUGACCACGAGCUUCACGCCAUGAAAACCCAAGUGCAGAUUGAGGAAAUGAGAGAUGACAUGCGACAGCAGCUUGGCGAGUUUAGGGAGGAAAUACGGUACUUGAAAAAGAUCGGGACCGUGAUGGCUGCUGUUGGAGUUGCAGUUGCAGUGAUGUCAUUGAUCGGGGUUCGUGUUUGCGUCGAAAGCUCUGGGUGGGGAUUUUGGUGGAUGUAG